CCCACUUGCAACCCUAAGUCGUUGUAGUUGUAGUUCUCGAUCUCUCUCACGGUCUUGAUCUUGAUCUCGCGGUGGUGAAGAUGGCGGUCGCAUCCUCCCGCUUCCCCGUCCUCGCAUUCGUCCUUAUGUCACUCGCCGUGGCUUCCUUCGCGCAGGGCCCAGCCGCCGCACCAUCGAAACCCCCCACAGCAGCUCCCGUGAAGCCGCCCGCUCCAGCCCCCUUGACGCCGCCCGCCGCCUCCCCUGUCUCGAAGCCGCCGUCCCCCGGCCCCGCCGCGGAGACGCCCACCGCAUCCCCUCCGGCCCCGCCGACCUCGACUCCCCCCUCUGAGUCGCCCGCGUUUACGCCGUCGUCGAUCUCGUCCCCCCCUGCGACCGCUCCCUCGGCCCUGCCUCCUGCGGGUAACGGCGUCGCCGACCUUACCUUCAGCUGGGUCACCGCAUUCGCCGCCGCGGCCGUCGCCGCUGCUGCGCUGUAGCUCCGUGACUGUUACCCUCGCUCGCGAUGUCUCGGCCGUCGGAUACUGAUCGCACGGUUUCUAUUUUUUUCAUUCUAUUUGAGUCGGGUCUGUGCCUAUCAUUGCAUUUAUUGUACGGUUUAACAAGAGCUAGUGAAUUAUUUACAGUUCUACCAUCA